AAUUCCGAUCGGAAUUGAUUCCGACAAAUGCAUAAUACGUGCCCAGGAACAGAAAACAAACGGCAUGUCUACUUCCACCAUGGUUCCCCCUGCAUGCCUGAGAGAACACCCCCUCUUUCCUAAAGUAGGACUUUAUACUUCGUCCCUCUAUGCCUAUGUUCGUGGUUAAAACCCACUGCAGUAAAAAACGCUAUAUGUAAACUUAGCUUGAUGGUGAAUAUACUCGCUGGCUGACAAGUUGAUUUCAUAACCUAAAAAUACUAUUAUUUUUUUAACUGAACAUUAACGAAUGAAGUUCGAGUAUUCGAAUAUGGAUGGAGAAAAAUAAUUUACCUCAUCAAUGGCUAUGAGAAAGAGGAGUGGAUCUGGCACCAAACGUCAACACAAGUGCAAGUUGGUGCCAAUCUAUGAGAGUUUUUUCAAAGGCGAAGAUCUGACAUUGGCUCAUCCAAAUUUCUGGAAUGAACUAUUUCUUAUUAAACCAAUGAUACCUCACAUCGAAAAUGAGAUUCUGCAUAUGACAUCAGAACAACUGAAUGCUAGCAAGGAAAAUUUAAAUGCAUUGGUGUGUCAUUGCGUUGAUACGUUGGUUGAUGAGCAUCCAUUUAGAAUAGUGUAUGCAUUGCAAACUUUAGCAGCCGUCAUCCAGUCUAUGUACAAGAAGGCGAACCAGGGGGAUUAUGGGUUUAAUUUGAUAGAUAUUCUAGUGGGCUUUGAUUCUGCAGAACAGAGGAUGACAACGUUAAUGCAGCAUUGUAAUAAUUUUCUAACAGGUGAAUAUCCGGAUAGUUUGAAAGCUCUGUGCCUGAAAUUGUUAUUAAUAAUAGUUACUGGUAUGGAUAAUAUCAACCAAAACACCUUACUGGAAUAUGUGAUGCUAAAUAGUGUUUUUGAAUCACUAAUUCAAUUACUAAGAGAUACACCUGCUAGAAACUGCCAUGGGCACGAUGCGGUUUUACUGUUAACGCUUCUAGUCAACUACCGGAAAUAUGAAAGUGCAAAUCCCUAUAUCGUCAAAUUAUCAAUUUUGGACGAUGAAUUGGCCUUAAAUGGAUAUGGGCAAGCCAUAUCAAGUUCGUUAACGGAGUUUUGCCGACAAUUCGCUCAACAAAGAGCAGAGAUACAAGCGUCUUGGCUGUCUUCCUUAACUAGCAUAGUUGGUAGUAUGUUUGUCGGGGAGGAGGAAGCAAAAACGCAACAAGUUCGCGCGAACAACGCUUUACUUCUAGCUCUGUAUGAGGCUACACACUUAAAUCGUAAUUUUGUAACUACUCUGGCCUACACGCAAAGCGACACUAGUGCGCCUCCGUCACCGAAUAACACUCUGGGUCCAAAUGCGGUGGCUCCCGGUGCCUCACCGCCUGACGUGAUGGCUCAGCCGUUCAAUUUACUAGCAACUUUUCUGCAGUAUUGUUCGAUAGUUAUGCAAGUGAUUCGAACGGAAGCCAUAAUGAAUAACGUAAAACUAUGUUUUCUGAUACUAAGUUGCAUCGCGGAGGACCAAUAUGCAAAUAGUUUGAUGCACGACGCAAAUCUGGCGUUCAGAGUUCAGUUACACAGAGUACCGAUGCACCACAGAAAGUUGCAGGAAAAAGCGGCGCCUGCUCAACCACUCGCAGCCACGUUACUUGACUUGCUUGUUGAAUUCGUAACAUCGCAUAUGAUGAAGAAAUUUCCACUUGAAUUGUAUCAUCAAUGUAUCGGCGUUCUACAAAGAUUGCUAUGUUAUCAGAAGAGGUGUCGCGUCAGGCUUGGUUAUCAGUGGCGGGAUCUCUGGACAGCAUUAAUCAAUUUGCUUAAAUUUUUAACAACGCACGAAAGCCAUCUUAUUAAGAAAAUGAACAUAUUUCCGUUAGCUAUUCAGGUGGUGAACAUCUUAAACUUUUUUAUUACGUAUGCUGAUACAUUCCUAUCGUCUCCCAAUAGUUAUGAUGAAUUAUUUUAUGAAAUUAUUCGUAUGAGACUUAUCUUCACCAAUCUAAAUGCCAUGGCACUCAGGUAUUCAACUAGUGAAUCGUAUGAAUACAAGGAACACGCGCUCAAAUUAACGAAUUCUCUCGUUAAUGUGAGAGACAUUGUAAAUCAUUUUCCACCAAAGAUAGCUGCGUGGCUAGCGAAAGAAAGUUUAUCGACGCCGACAGAGCAACAAAUUCUAGCUAUUAUAAUACAGAAUUAUGAUAGUCUCGCUUUAAAACUGCAGGAUAAUCUGGAUCAGUACGAGAGAUAUUCGGAAAAGCCUAAUCAUACCGCAUUUUUUGAGGAAAUGGUGACUGGAGUAAUAGUGGAUACACGGGCUUCGAUAGACCUUAAUACUUUAGAUACACAAACUAUAUUGGAAGAGCUUUCAAAUAUGUCAUAAUGUAAAAGUGUGUACAUUGCAAUAUAUUUUCAAUAUUGUGACUAUUCUGUUAUAACAUAUCCUUCUCUUACGUAUAUCCAUAGUUUUUCUUAUAAAUUAGUCAAAAAAGUUAGACAUAUCAUUACGGAAAUAUAUACCUUGAGUUUCUCUUUA